AUGAAUGCAUACACUUUUCCACCGCUAAAUACGCCUUCAAACACAACAUCUAAAAUCGGAUCUGUAUUCAUCAACCCAGGAGGUCCCGGUUCGCCAGCAUCAUCGCUGGUAUCGCUGAUAGCGAUAAGCGCAUUCCCGGGCCAAACCCCUCAACUUCGGCCUGCGUUUGAUAUCAUCGGAUUGGAUCCACGUGGUACUGGUCUGAGCCACCCGGUAAAGUGCGACCCAGCGAUUUACGCAGAGGCUGUAUCGCUAUUUCCUCAGACAGAAGAGGAGUACGAAGCACUUGCCGAUAAAAACAAGAGGUUAGGAGAAUCAUGCCGUGAAUUAACGGGACCACUGCUUGAACACGUCGAUACCAUCAGCGCAGCAAAAGACCAUGAAGCUGUUCGCGUGGCACUCGGCAACGAGCCGAUGAAUUUUGUUGGGUUAUCAUAUGGAUCUCAAUUGGCCGCACAGUACAUCAGUUUAUUUCCGGACAAUGUCCGCACGCUUGUUCUUGAUGCCAUAUCACAGCACUCGCAAUCUGAAGCCGCAGACAUCUUCAUCGGCGCGUCGUCUUACGAACUUGUUCUAAACCACUUCUUCGCGUGGGCAGCUACUGGUGAAAACUCGCCACUUCGCGGGCAGGACGUGAAAGCGAUGUGGCUAGAUCUACUUGCCAGCGCAAAGAAAACACCGAUACCCGCACUAUCCUGCGACGGCAUCAACUGCCGAGCAGCUGUAACCGACGAAGACAUCCUCUUCAACGCGCAGGGUCACCUGAAUUUCCCUGGGGCAGGAAUAGGCCUAGGCGCGUCCUGGGAGCUUCUCGCAUUGGCACUGUUCAAUGCUUCGCGCGGUGAUGCAACGGCCUUGUCCACAUCAUCUGCAAGCCCCGACGUCUUUCCCCGGCUGGCGAUUCAAUGCCUGGACUGGGAUCGCUCGGAUUCUCUUGCAGAAGUUCAGGCCAAGAUGGAAAUGGCUAAUGCGUAUUUUGGCCUUAACAAGGGCGCAAAUCACAGAUGGGGAGCGCAACACGCGUGUAUCGGAUGGCCUGUUCCAGUGAAGAAUCCGCCGCAGAAGUUAGACGUCAAGUCGGAUACCACUGUGCUCAUGGUGACGAGCACGGGAGACGCUUCGACGGGGAUCCCGUGGGCGGUAGGUAUGAUGGACGAGAUCAAAAACUCAGUGUUAGUAGUCCGCCAGGGUGACGGACACGGAAGUUUGCCUCUGGGUGGAGAGGCAGGCGACAUAAUCGUCGAGUACCUAAUCACUGGCGAAGCCCCAGCACAAAGGUUCUUGACUACGAAAUCAUAA